AUGGCCAUCUCCACGCCGGAAGAAGAGGAGGGCAGGCAGGUAGCCAGGCGGGGCCGCGACAUGGGCCGGGGCCAGCGGACGCAGCAGAUGCUGCUUCCAUGGCUGCUGCUCGUAGCGCUGAGCGAGCGAUACGGCGGCGGCGAGCUGAGCGACUUCGUGAGCCGCUUCGAGCGCGUUCGCGUGCAGGCGUUCAGCGAGGCGCCCACCCGCAGCGUAGACGCCACGAACGUGGCUGCCGACGCCCAGGGCGGCCACCGGGUCUCCUUUAUGGCUUACGGCCAGCACUUCAACCUGUCUAUGGUCGAAGACUCGCGCCACGUGAAUCGCAUCCCGGUAUUCGUGCACAACACGAGCGGCGUGUCGAAAGUGGCGUACGAGGCCGACUACAGUCUCUACAUCGGCCGCCUGGAGGACAACGCGCGCUCCAAAGUGAUGGGUUACUUCCGCGACGGAGUUUUCGACGGCGUCAUACGUACCGAGAACAACGUCUACUUCGUCGAGCCGGCCGAGAAGCAGAAUUAUGACGCGGUCGUCUACUCCGGCAUGGAGGUCAUGGCGCCCGACUGCAUCGUCAUGAAGGGAGGCGUUCACGCCUGCUUCCAGAACACGACUCGCGCAGCCAUCGGUCCCUCGAAACAGCGGCAGCGUCUGUCGGCCGACGCGGACCUCUUGACCCGCAUGAGCGCCAAGAGAAUGCGAUCCUCCUCGACGUCGACAAGCGGCACUUCUUCGGGCUUGCGCGUCUGUGGCGUCGAGCUGCUGGCCGACCACGCGUUCUUCCAGUCGCGCGGCCACAACGUCAACCUACUGGUACAGGAAAUGAUCCUGUACCUGCACUACGACGACCUGGUUUUCCGCAACACCGACUUCCAGCUCCCGUUCCGCGUUGGUAUAAUCCCCGGAAAGGUGACCAUCUUCACCGAGCCCGGCAGCAAGGGCUACCCCUUGGGCCAGGAAGACCUGUCGGCCAAGGACUACCUGGCGAGCUUCUCCUUCUACGUGCAGCGACACUGUCUUGUCGUGGGCUUCUCCCACCGCCCUUUCGAAAGCAAUACGCUGGGCAUCUCGUUCGUGGCCAACCCGAACCCGAGGGCCCUCGGGGGCAUCUGCGAGCUGCCCAUGCGCUUCAUCGACCAAGACACCAUACACAGCUUCAACAUCGCCUCCAUCACGACGAGCACGUCGAACCGCAAGCGGGUGCCGCACGGAGUCUCGUUCGGCACCGUGACGCACGAGAUCGGCCACAGCUUCGGCUCGCCCCACGAUCCGGCCGCCGAUCCGGCCUGUCACCCGAUAGGCAAGUCUGGCUUCUUCAUCAUGGUGAAGUACUCGGUGGACGGCUCGCUGCCCAACCACCACGCUUUCUCACCGUGCUCGGUGCGCAACAUGCGCAAGGUGCUGCGGGCCAAGGGCACUUGCUUGACCGAAGAUGGCGCGCGCUGCGGCAACGGCAUCAUCGAGCCCGGCGAGGAGUGCGACUGCGGCUCGGAGGCCACCUGUGACACCCUGGACCCGUGCUGCUCGCCGGCUCCGUCGGUUCCUCAGCUUCACGAGGCCCUGCUGGCGCCUCAGAGGGACCUGCCUUGCAUCUGGCGACGCGCUGGCGGCUCCACAUGCUCUCCGCGGUCGUCGGCCGGCUGCUGCGGUGCUACUACGCUGCUACUCGCCGCUUCCAACGCUUCGUGCCGACCUUUCGACGAAUGCAUGUCGUCCGGCGUUAGCGGCGACAAGGGCGUGUGCAGAGCGUUGACGGCGCGCGCGGACGGGUAUCCUUGCCACGGAACCAAGAAGACCUGCGGCCACGGCAAGUGCCAGUCCACCCCUUGCCAAGACCGGGGACUUCUGGACUGCGUGUGCGUGGACGAAGGGCGGUUCGGGAACGACGAGUCCAACAUCUGCUGCCGCAACGGCUCUCGCGGCGCCUGCACGCCCGCCAUUGAACACGGCCUCAAGUCGCUCGACGGUCGCCUCUUCAUGCAGCGCUCGGACUUCUUUUGCCACGGCCGGCGAAGACAGUGUGACGGGUUCGGCACAUCGUGUCGCCCACGAUAUCGCACAGUAGUAGCAAGUCGGCGGCAGCAUUGA